UUUAAGUAGACCCUAAUGACGAUACUUUUGUUGUUGUUUCACAAAAAUAACAGACAGUCUUUGUUCCUUGAAGACAAAACGGUGUAUUGUAUUGUCGUCGGGUGGUUUAUGGUUACCCGACCCUACCGCGGGGCUUUGUCUCGUUAAGUCAACCCUAAUCGGACAUAAUGUCUUUCAUUUGUCUCAUUGAAGGGGGAGGGGAGUGAAAGUAAAGAGGAAGAGAGGGGGAUUUAACAUUCACGAAAAAGGCGACACCAACAGAGAAUGCACGAUGGAUAAAAACGACCCGUCCAGGCUGACAUAGCAACAUUACCUCAACCAAUGGCAUGAGUUUGGGGCAGGACUAUCUGUUUGUUCGACCAAUAACAGAAGGAGGGUGUAUUCGGAAAGCUGUUUGAAAACAUGAGCAGAGGUGAGGAAGAGGAGGAAGAACAGAGGCGGGAGAGGGGGGAGUCAGGUCGUUUGUAUAGCUUGUGCCCCACUGGGAAGAAGUUCCGGAGCAAGCCUCAAUUGGCUCGUUACCUUGGCAACUCCAUGGAUUUCAGUUCCUUUGAUUUCCGCACAGGAAAGAUGCUCAUGAGCAAGCUGAACAAAAACAGACAGAGACCCCGAUAUGACAACAAUAGCCAGACUAAGAGCAAACCCGACCUAAACACAUCCCUCCCAGUGCGACAGACUGCCUCCAUCUUCAAACAGCCUGUCACAAAAGUUACCAACCACCCCAGCAAUAAGGUCAAGACUGACCCACAGAAGGCUAUUGACCAACCUAGACAGCUUUUUUGGGAGAAGAAGUUGAGUGGCCUCAAUGCCUUUGACAUAGCAGAGGAGCUGGUGAAAACAAUGGAUCUACCUAAAGGCUUACAAGGAGUUGGCCCAGGGUGCACAGAUAAGACCCUGUUGUCAGCCAUUGCCAGUGCACUACAUACCAGUGCAGCUCCUAUCACAGGCCAGCUGUCUGCCGCUGUGGAGAAGAACCCGGGAGUUUGGCUUAACACGGCUCAACCUCUCUGUAAGGCCUUCAUUGUCACAGAUGAGGAUAUUAGAAAGCAGGAAGAGCUUGUGUACAGCGUUCGGAAGCGACUGGAGGAGGCUCUGAUGGCCGACAUGUUAGCUCACGUGGAGGAAACGUCCAAUGACGAAGAUGCUGUCAAAGAGGAGGGAAAUUGUAAUGAUGACAAGGAGGAAGUAUAGCAAAGGGCAUUCGAAUGUGUCUGAAUUAUCUGCAGAUUUCCCAGCACAGUCACACUACAGCCAGAUGCUCUACUGAUCAGCAAACCAUGUUACCAUGAAACAUCUCCCAGCCUUACUGAAUAUCCAUUUGCGCCCACAAGUUGGGAUCUCACAAAGACUGUUGCUCGGUUUUCAGGCUUAAUGCUUUUUCUGUUUUGUAAUUUUUAUUUUUUGAAGAUUUUAGUAUUUUCUAAAAAACCAAAAUGUUGAAAAAAUGUUGCAUUUGGUGAACUAUCCCUCUAAAGGAAAGAUUGUGCAUUGAGUAAUAUUGCAAAGGUGUUUUCAAAGGAGGGUGUAUUUGGAUUUGAUAUGGAAAAUGACAAUCAAGUCAAAAAUACAAUCCUCGAGUUUUAGUGGUUGCUAAAAAUACAAAACACAGCUGACAAAAAAUCUGUGGAUGCAUGCCCAUGUCUUUGAUUAAUAUAGAUUUGUAAGUAAAGGGGUAAGAGACGGACCAAACAAGUGCAUCCAAAGUAGUUGAUAUGUUUUAAGCUUCAUUGAAGAGAUAACAGUGUUUUUUGAUAAAUGCAUUGACUUCUAUCCCAAUAUCAAUCAAAUUCAGUAUUAUUCAGUUAAAUAGGUUCAUAUUGGUUCAAAUUUAGUUCAAAAGUUUUAGUAUUAUCCACAAUGCCACACAUUUUAUAAUGUUGUCUCAAGGGAAGUGAGGCAUUGAUAAAGAUAUUCAUAGUUACAAGGAAUCUUAUGGUGCAGAGAUGGCCGAUCCCAAUCUCAUAUGGUGCUUGUUAAAAUUGCCUGUUUUUUAUAAGCUACUCAUACUUGACACUGAAUAACAUUUCCAUAGGAAAAAAAAAACCUCUGAAUUUGGUAUUGAAAUGUGAAUGGUGAUUCAUACAAUGUGAUGUGUAAACAUCAUCCUGUGAGGCAGCAAUUGAAAAACACAUUGCCAGGUGGAAAGUGUUUUGCAAAAGAUCUAUUCCAUGUUUUGGUCAUUGCCCACAUCAACACGCUAACUGCCAUGUUUACUUGUGCAUUUCUCUAAAUAAAAUGUUCCUGU